UCCGACGAGUUUGGUUCUGUUUUCAGUUUGCGUCGUCAUUUUGUUCGCGCUUUGUUCGUGUGCUGCCAAAAAACUUCAGUAAAAUUGUGUUAUUCAUGAAGAAUAUUUCAUUUUUACUAAAAUUUGUCGAACAAAAUCAUUUUAGAUAACCUCUGGCAGACCUAAACAAGAUUUGGCAGCUUUACUUCUUUUAGUUUUCCUUUAAACACCGAUGAAAAGAAAUUCGAACGAACGAAUAUGAAGGAAGAAAUUUUAACUGCUGUUAUGUUCUUUAUUCGUUUUAUUGAAAAAAGUGAUACCUUUCCUAGAGACCAGUUAGAAAAUUUUCAGAAGCAUCUUACUCAACUUCUCAUAGAAAGAUUUGAGAAGCACUGGUUUCCGAACAUACCCACCAGAGGACAAGGUUACCGAUGCAUCAGAGUUAACUGUGUGAGUCCCGUUGAUCUCACGCUGGAGUUGGCCGCCAGCAAAUGCGGACUCACGUACAGCGACUUACGCCUUCCCGCAGAACUUACAGUUUGGGUGGACCCCAAUGAAGUGUGCUAUAGACUUGGCGAAUCGGAAGGUUCGUACUGUACGCUAGCAACUUUUCCAUCGGACUCAUCUUCGGAGAGUUCGAGCUCAACACCAAGCCCCUCACCUCCAGUAACGCCCUUACAGGAGAAACCCAAGAAAGUACAAAAACCCACGCACCAGAGGUACAACUCUCUGGACUACGCCAAUAAGUACCGCAACCAUUCAAAUAUGGCUAUCUCGUCCAUAAGGGUGAAGCCGUCGCCUAGAGAGAUGAACUUUAAUUUCAACCCCAAUCGUCCGAUGUACAGAUGCGAUGGCCCCCCCUACCCCCUGACCCCCGCGUUCUAUAGGAAUAUGAACUACAAUAGAACACAUUACAAGAACGUUUGUAGAGUGUAGAGCUCCACCCCCCACGUCUUAGGAUUAACGGUAGAUGGUUGUGUUUUAAAUUAAAACAGGAUUAAAUUUAACCACCCAAAGUAAUGUUCUGUUAUUAAUGACUUUUUUUUUUCAAAUUCAAAUAGAUGUUUAUCGAUUAGAGGAAAAAUAUAUGUGAUGUUCGUUUCGGGAGAAGUGAGAGUUGUCUGGUUGCUUUCCGGGAAGGGUGUCUGGGACAUAGGACGCCUGAUUUUAAGGACGUCUUUUGUUUGUAAAAAUGGAGGGUGUCGUUGAGCCGUGGGUGAAAUUCGUCGACGUUCUAUUAUUUUCACGCCUCAAACUAUAAGCAAUUGUUAUUUGUAAAAAGAAAUUUUAAUAGGUACUCGUCGGUGUCUGUGUACGUUUCGUAAUUUUAAGUUAGUGCUGUGAUAUAAUUUUCUGUCAUGACAAAUGAAGCCAUUUGCUGUUCUGCGUGUUCAUUUUUUUGGGACGGGGCACGAUCGAAGGUCGCGCCCCGUCUUCAGUUACGUUAAGUUCCUUGUAAGAGGUUAAGGUGAAUCGGUGAGGAUAUUUCAAAGUUUUCUUGUCACGAAGCGUAGGGGCGAGCGGAGCGAGCGCUCUGCUGUCGGCGUCAGCUUCCCGCACGAUCUUCUAAGUCAUUGCUAUCGUAUAUAAUAUCCCUCUGACUGAAUUUUAAUAUUACCAAAAAGAGAAAAAAAAAGUGUAAGUGAACGGGGAGCCGAUAUUCGUUGGCAAUAUCUAAUUCUUAGGUGUACGUUAAGAUAAAUAGUUGGUUGCUUAUAGUUUGACAUAUACAUGGUACAAAUUAAUCUAAUUGUCCAAAAUAUGCAUUUUUAACGUUAAAUCGACAGUAUUUCUCACAACGGUCCAGUCAAUGGUGCGUCGUCCGGCGGGCGUUAAUUGUACUGUGUACAAAUGUCUCUUAAUUAGAACUUACUAAUAUUAAUUGCAUACAAUUGUAAAUAAUCUUAUGACUGUGUAAUUUUAAUAGCGGAAGCGAGUUGUCGUAUCGGCAGUUCGUGGAGUUGCCGGGUUUACCGGGUACCGUCGGCUCGCAAUUUUGACUGGACCGUGUCACAUAUACUUUGUUCGCCGAACGGAAUCCAUUUUGACACAUAAUUGUUCGCGCAUCUGCCAAUUGUUGUGAAAUUUUAACCGUGUUGAAAUUUUGGACGAUUUUUAACCGAAAGUUGUGAUAAAUUUUUUAAUUGUAAAAAAAAGCUUUAAUUUUAGUGGAAAGGUGAAAACGAUAAGAAUAAAACCACGAAACGGAAAAUUUGUCAAGAUGGAUUUCGACGGGCGGAACCGUUGUAGUCGAGUUCUCGCGCCCCGUCCGUUUUCGUUUUCUGUGUAUAUUCUCUGUAAUUUGUAAAUAUUGUUUCGUAGGCAUUCUAGUGAACUAGAGUUUUAUACACCGAGUCUUUCGUGCAUGCAUAGAAGGAGGCGAGUGUAUAUGUCGAAGGCGGACGGGGCGCGACGCGAUACGAAAUCGACCGCCAUUUUAUUUAGGAUGUGUAAUAACGAUCUAUCGUUAAUCUGAAAUUUAAUGUGCACGUUUACAAUAUAGACGAUUAUUCUACUGUUUCUCCUCCCCCUGGAAAAUAUUUAGUUGGAUGCUAUCUUCUUAGAAAACUAUGAAUUGCUUUUAAUUUUUAUGUUUCUAUGUUACGCAAAUGGUUCCGGUUUAUUAUUGUUUUUAAUGAUUUGUAAAUACGCCUUUGGUUUUCGAUUCCCAAACUCUGAGUUCUGUUUCGGCUUUUAAAAAACACUGAAGGCUGAAAAUGUCGGACUUUUUCGUGCAAAUAGCAAUUUUGCAGUCGAUAAGUCUUAUUACAAAAAAAAAUCGAUGUGGUCCAAACUUAUGACGAAUUCGCUAUGUCUCGUAAGUUACUUUUAAGUUUUUUACAGUAAGGUUACGGUUACAAGUCCAUGUAAAUGUAUCGGGUACAGAAUUGUUAGAAAUUGGAUUUUUUUUUUUUAACGGGAAAUACCUCCUACGAUUAAGUGUAACAAGUAACGUUCGACUGAUAAUGUACAAAUCUAAAAAAAGUGUGAUUUAAGCAACAAUUUAUUUUUGUUACUCGAUUAAAUUUGGACAAUUCUGUACGGUGCAUAGAUGAUAGGUUUGGUUUUUAAUAGUCGCUAAUAAUAAAUUAUUUGAGUAAUAUAAAUGAAACUAACAGGGUUUUUUAUAUCGCAGGUCGUUUGCAUUUUAAGGCGGGUUUUACGAGAAUUAUGUACAAGAAAUUCUUAUGGUCACGCAACAAGUGCAAUUAAAUUGAAUUGAAUAAAGACAAUGUGAUAUCGUCCUGUAAAUAGUCAACAGUUCAGCAUUUUAAAUUUAUUUUAUCGUAAAGUGUACAUAAUUCUUCACAAACUCGGAACUUUACUGUAGAAAUUGUAUGUAGGAUGAUGUUUUGAUGUAAUAUAAUAUUUAAAAAUAUAUUAAUGUUAAGUAACUGCAUUUAAA